GGCGUACAAGCUAAUUCCCCAGUAUUGGGAACGCCUAGUCCCGGGUGCCGUCUUUUUUAUUAUUAUUCGUCUUUCCCAUCUGACUGAACCUCUCUCCACCGCUUUUACAAAAAUAUUCCUUGUCACUUUUUUCCAUCUCUGUCCCCCUACUCCGAGAGCCCUAAACUUAGACGAUGCCCCCACAACUACUACCGGCUUCGGCCGCCGCUUUCGCCCCCCGAGCAUCAUCCGUCAAUAUUGUCUUGGGAUCAAAGGUCGAACCGUGGUUGACGCAAACUCUCAAGCGCAUUAACAGAGUCAAGAGGCCGUUGAACAGUAUACCGCAACAUCAAAGAUGCUUGACCGAGACGUUGUCGUCACCGAAUGCUAUCUGGACCCUGACUUCGCUGAUGCUGGACAAGGCGCCCGAGUCUGAAUUGCGCAGGGAUUCUAACCCGUUAAUAGAGGCCAUCUUCAACUACCAGAUUAUACAUGUCGAAGCUUAUAUCGUUCACGUCGAUAUGGUGUUGAGGAAUGAAGUCGCUUAUAAGUUGACGCCCGGCUCGAUAGAAUCGCUCAUCGAGUAUCACAAGGAAAUCUACUGCGUCAACGCCAAGGCUGAUACUUAUGACUGGCCCGAAAAGGAGCAGCAUGCUAAGAAGUUACACGAAGACUUUGUCCAGGCCAUCAACAAAUUUGUUUUCAGGACCCACGUUUCUGCGCUGGAAGGAUUAGAAGAGGAGGGAGCUGGAGAAUUGCUUUGUGGGAAGAGCGAGGAGGUCAAGAAUAACAUCAUGGGAUUGUUGAAUAAGCCCCUGCUACCGCCGCCGCCGAAGAUCGUCGAUGUUGUCCGCCAACCGCCAUUAUUACCUAGCUCGCCCAUAGGCGCAAACAUUUGGUCACAGUCUACCCCUUCGCCAGCGAUGCCCGCACCGGUUGAGCCAUGGCGCGUGCUGCCUUCCAGUCCUAACGUCACAUCUUCGGUAGAGUCAAAUACGCCGAUAUGGGCCAAUAUGUCGCUACACGAAAUUCAGGUACCUUCGCCUCCCAUGCAAUAUAGCCAACCGUUUUCUACGGCCGGGAUGUAUUAUAGCUCACCGAUGGUAACAUCACCAAUUCCGGCCUUACCGCUUCCUAGCAUGCUGGCGUCGCAAUGUGGUGUGGGUGUUGGAUACGGCGGUUUUGGUUGGGAUCGAUAUCAAGAGUACACGACGACCAUAUGACAACCACCGUCCACCACAGGGGAUCACCACCCGGUGGUGACAACCUCGUAAACGAUUUUGGUUCAAGAUUCCCCCAAUCCAAACAAGGGAUUCGCGGCAUAGACCCUAUCGCACCCCCAAGGCAUACCGGCGUUUUGCAUCAACCAGGAGCGACUCCCGAUCGUUUGGCAUAUAUAUUAAUCUCGGUGUUUUCUUAUUUCUUAUUUUCUCUGUGUUUAGCAAGCGAGCGUCUGAUUUUUACUGGGAAAUAUAUCCCCUAUAUAACAACCGCCAGCUCGGUCAUAGGCUGUAUUCCUUUCACCUCAUCAUGUCAGGGACU